AUGGGUGGGUGUAUGAGCUCUAACAGCGAGGAGGCGGAACAGAAGAAGAAGAGUCAAGCCAUCGACAGAGUAAUAGAGGAGGAUUCGAAAAGGCUACGGAAAGAAUGCAAAAUUUUGCUCUUGGGUUCUGGCGAAAGUGGAAAGUCUACCAUCGUCAAGCAGAUGAAAAUCAUCCAUCUUAAGGGAUAUUCAGAAGAUGAAUUGUAUAACUAUCGACCCACUGUAUUUAAAAAUCUUGUCGAAUGCGCAAAAGCCGUCAUCACCGCGAUGCAACAAUUUGACAUUGAGCCGCAACUGGAAGAGAAUAGGCGACACAUCGAGUACUUGAUGGAAUAUCAAGCCGAAUCUGGCCCACAGGCACACAUUGAUCCCCAAGUUGGCGCAGCUAUUCAGUCGCUCUGGGCCGACCCUGCGAGAGAGCGGUUGAUGGAGCACCAGACCGAAUUCUAUCUCAUGGAUUCCGCAGAAUACUUUUUCCAGGAGGUGUUACGAAUAGUUGCCCCCGACUACCUGCCGAACGAAAUGGAUGUGCUGCGAGCUCGUACCAAAACCACUGGCAUAUACGAAACGAGAUUUCAAAUGGGCCAGUUGAGUAUUCAUAUGUUUGAUGUCGGUGGGCAACGAAGCGAAAGAAAGAAGUGGAUUCACUGCUUCGAGAACGUUACGUCAAUUAUUUUCUGCGUCGCUCUCUCCGAAUAUGACCAAGUUCUCCUCGAGGAGAGCAGCCAGAACCGUAUGAUGGAAAGUUUGUUGCUGUUCGAUUCUGUGGUGAAUUCGCGCUGGUUCAUGAGAACUAGCAUCAUCUUGUUCCUCAACAAGGUUGACAUUUUCAAGCAAAAGCUGACUCGAUCGCCAUUGGGAAAUUAUUUCCCAGACUAUUCGGGAGGAAACGACGUGAACAAGGCCGCAAAAUAUCUCUUGUGGCGAUUCAAUCAGGUGAACCGAGCACAUUUGAAUCUAUAUCCUCACUUGACACAAGCUACAGACACAUCGAAUAUUCGACUCGUUUUUGCCGCCGUCAAAGAAACCAUUUUGAACAAUGCUCUGAAAGACUCGGGAAUCCUAUGA